GUGAUGUAUUACACUGUUGUUUUUGGCACAGUCGGAAAAUGAAGAGGAAGUGAUCAGCACGACAUCGAGCAAGAUAUUUCACAAAACUACUUAAACUCUUUCAGGUUCCACAUAUCCUCUAUGUGUGCUGUUGAACGCUGCAUGGACAUGAAGUUGUAAGUUGUCUGCAGUGUGGGACUAAUCCCUUGUUUACAAAAGGCACUGGUGGGGCAGUUGUCUAGAAAAAGUAUGACUCAGGGUUUGGUGACUUAAAAUUUGGAAAUCUAAUGCUGGUGAAGUUUCACAUUUGAGUUACAUUUCCUUCAUAUUGCGAUGUCUAUGAAAACAUGGCCUCCUGGUACACAGUGUGUCGCCAAAAGUGACCACACAAGACCUAAACCCAAUGAAGUCUUCUAUCACAAAGGAGACAUCCUUACUAUUUUAGGUUUGGAGUUGUUAAUGGGGAAGUCCAUCUACAGGGCCAAACACAACAGGACAGGUGAAGAAGGUCUGAUCUUUGCUUCUAACAUGCGAGAACGUGAGGCCCUGCGUGUAGACCCCAGUCUCAGCCUCAUGCCAUGGUUCCAUGGGAAGAUCUCAGGUCCGGAGGCUGUAAACACACUGCAGCCAAUGGAAGACGGAUUGUUUCUGGUGCGUGAGUCUAUUCGGCACCCAGGUGACUACGUCCUGUGCGUAAGCUUUAAGGAAGAGGUUCUUCAUUACCAUGUCAUCUACCAGGAAUCGAAGCUGACAAUUGACAAAACACAGUACUUUUACAACCUCAUCGAUAUGGUCGAGUUCUACUCAAAGACAAAAGGCAUUAUUGCUACCACACUCCAGAAACCUAAAGUGAAAGAGGGAACUAAGUCAGCUGCACUGCAACUAUCCAAAACGGGCUGGCUAUUAGAUCUCUCAAAGCUAACUUUGGGUGAAAAUAUUGGAAGUGGCGAGUUUGGAGCUGUAUUUCAGGGUGAGUACAUGGGCAGGAAGGUGGCAGUAAAAAACAUAAAAUCUGAUGUCACUGCUCAAGCUUUCUUGGAUGAAACUUCUGUUAUGACGAAACUGCAGCACAGGAAUCUGGUACAGUUAUUAGGAGUGAUUCUACAUAAUGGCCUUUACAUCGUCACAGAAUUUAUGGCAAAGGGCAAUCUGGUGAAUUACCUGCGAUCACGAGGACGCUCCGUUAUUACCACUGUUGAAAUCCUGCAAUAUGCUCUAGAUGUGUGUAAAGGCAUGGAAUAUCUGGAGUCAAAGAAACUUGUACACCGGGACCUAGCUGCACGUAAUAUCCUCAUAUCUGAGGACAAUGUUGCCAAGGUCAGUGAUUUUGGCCUGGCCAGUGGUGACUGUCAGAGCACUGACAAUACGAAGUUACCUGUGAAAUGGACUGCACCUGAGGCCUUAAACAACAAGAAAUUCUCUACAAAAUCAGACGUUUGGAGUUACGGUGUGCUUCUAUGGGAAACAUUCUCCUUUGGCAGACAGCCCUACCCCAAGAUGUCUCUGAAGGAGGUGAAGGAGCAGGUGGAAGAGGGAUAUCGUAUGGAGUCACCGGAAAACUGUCCAUCCGACAUAUAUGCCAUCAUGAGGCUCUGCUGGGAGAAAGACCCCAAAAUGAGACCAACAUUCCAUAAGCUUAAAGAGCGUCUACAGGCUGAGUUGAACAAACAUGAGUCUGCCACAGAGUCCUAAAAUAAUUUUCACCAUUCAAACAUCUGCUUUCUUCUGAGAAGACCAGACAUUUUUUUCACAAAUAAUUACAAUAUAUUGUACUGGACACAAAAACGCUCCUACUGUAAGCCUUUUCACCAAGUUUUGACACAGAAUUUACUCAAUAUUUCACUUUAUAAUUUAUUUUUAUUUAUUAAACACUUUAUUUCAAAACAGAAUUUCCCAAUGGAUGUGAAAUAUACAUAAGUGAGGACACAGAUUGUAAAGCAAAGGAAGAAUUAAGCUCUUAUAUAUGCUUUGAAAGCUGGCAGACCUGAAAAGGCACUCAAAAGGUUGCUAUGGACUGUGGAUAUAUGGAAAGAAUAUGAACUCAUCAGCAAAACUUUGAGAAAUUUGUGGAGAAGAAUCUGUCUAUCUACAAAUCAAAAGACUCAUUGGGUGACAGAAUUUCACUCAUUCAUUUGCCUUUCUGUCUUCAGAGGAUAAAUGUAAACAGCGGAAAAGUAGGAGGAGAUAGAGACUCUUCUGGGGAUUAAAAUUCAAGAUCUAGAGUAUCUGCAUGUUUCCUGUUGUAAUUGUCUUGGAAUAUGCUCAGCUUAACACAACAAAUCUGGAAUGUUAUUGCUGAUGUAAAAAAGGAAUUACACUCACUAAGGUUUGUCCAUGCAGAACCUUAGAAUAACAACAUCAGGUUGCACCUAUGCAUCAUUGAACAUGUUUUUUUUUUUUUUUUACCAGACACCAAGCCAUUAUCAGCUCAUAUGAUUAUUACAGCUCUUUCCUUUUCAUUUGGCAGAUGCCAUUACCCAAAGCGACUUAUAUGAGAGGUAAAAUACAUUCCAAUCGUAGAGCUAUUAAUGUGAUGCAAUUUCAACCACUAGCCAAAAACAAAUGAAAAACACAAUCUAAAAAUACAAUACAAAGGAUUCAAGGAACAAACAAAACUCAAUUGGUCCUCGAGCAUUAUUCCAAAAAAGUCAAACUAUCACUGGAGCAACUGUUUGGUUCAGGGCUAAAAUGCAAUAAUGAUAGUAGUAAACAACAAUAAUAAAAUGGCUUUAUUAAAUAAUAAAAUUGCUUUAUUAAAUUUACCCAUCAGAAAUAUAGGACAACAAUUACAUGAAACAAUACCAGAUUUCUUAUGUGUCUCUUUUAAGCCUCAAAAAGGGCAAUGUGCCCUCCUUAAAGCAAUAAUGAAAAGAGUUGCUAGAACAUUUUAAACAUAUCAGAAAAUGUAAAAGGCACUUAGUAAGAGAUCAUCGGAUGUAAUCAUUGGCAUUUCACAGAAAUUGCUGUGAUUUGGUGGAAGUGUCUUCUCACAAGACUUUCCACCAUGACACACACACAAUGUCCAAUACACUGCUUGUGCUAAUAAUAAUCAUUUAAACCAAAUAAUUAAAAUCAAUUUAAUUUAAA